AAUAUUCUUCUUCUUCAUUUCCUUAGAUCAAUUUAUAUUUUAUUUUUUUAACUUUUGGUAUUAUAAUAAUGGUUAGUUAGUUAAGUUUAUUAUAAAUAACAUUCAAAACGAAAACAUCAUCCUACACAGGAACUCUCUCUCUUUUCCUUCCAGAUUAUUUUAAAAAAAAUAUAUAUACAAACACCAAAUUUCUCCAAAAUACAUACAUACAUACAUACGCAUAGAGAUACAUAUAGAGAUCGAAGAAGAAGAAGAACAUUUAAAGAGAUGGGAAGAUCACCAUGCUGCGAGAAAGCUCACAUGAACAAAGGAGCUUGGACUAAAGAAGAAGAUCAGCUUCUCGUUGAUUACAUCCGUAAACACGGUGAAGGCUGCUGGCGAUCUCUCCCUCGCGCCGCCGGGUUACAGAGAUGUGGUAAGAGUUGUAGAUUGAGAUGGAUGAAUUAUCUAAGACCAGAUCUAAAAAGAGGCAAUUUCUCUGAAGAUGAAGACGAACUCAUCAUCAAGCUCCAUAGCUUGCUCGGUAACAAAUGGUCUUUGAUAGCUGGGAGAUUACCAGGAAGAACAGACAACGAGAUCAAAAACUAUUGGAACACUCAUAUCAAGAGAAAGCUUCUCAGCCGUGGGAUCGAUCCCAACACUCACCGUCUCAUCAACGACUCUGCUGCUGCGUCAGCAUUAGUUGUAUUGCCUCCUCCUCCUCCUCAUCCUCUGUCUCUUCAAAACGACGAUGUAGUUGAGCCUUUGCGUAUUGAUUUAGCCGGACCGGUUAAACCGGAACCGGUACUACGGGAAGAGAUCGGUUUUAAUAACUGUACGAGUAGUGGAACGACGUCGGAGAAGGAUUUCGGGAACGAGGGCGACUGGGUGCUCAACUUGGAGCUCUCCGUCGGACCAGCAGCGACGAGUUACCAUCGGUACGAGUCGAGUCGUAAGGCGAGUGUUGUUGACUCUGCUGAGUCGACUCGACGGUGGGGGUCCGAGUUGUUCGGAGGAGCUCAGAGCGAUGCGGUGUGUUUGUGUUGUCGGGUUGGGUUGUUCCAUAAUGAGUCGUGUCGGAAUUGUCGUAAUUCUGAUGUUCGAACCCAUUAGUGUUAAUUUUACAUUUUGUUAUGUAACGCAUCAAUCAAAGCUAAGAUGAUUAGGAUUUAAUUUAUUUGAUGGCAAAAAGAAAAUAGAGCUGUCUCAAACUUGUUUCAUAUUAUCAAAAACUUUCGUAAAAAUGUAUACUUGAUUUUGUUAA